AAAAUAAGUAAGAAAGGGCCAAAUGGCAAAUGGAGAAACAGUAUAGGAGGCGAAUAUGAUAAUAUCAAUAUCAAUCCGAAAACAAGAAGGGGAACUUGGACCAAUCAAAACACAAGUUGGGGAGUUUUAGAGGAUUUUCUUGCUUGUGUCAACUCAAACGGAAGAACACUAUGGGUAUCAUCUUCUUGUACUGAAGCUACCUUCAAGAAAAUAUUCGAUCCCCUCUUUCAUAUUUCUCUCAGCCAAAACUUUUUGUCAGAGAACAACCAUCUACCUUUUCUACCCCAACAUCACCUACCCUUUUUCUGGUUCUCCCAUAAAUACUUUGCUAACAACCGGAAACAUCAGUAGGUGGGAGGGAGAAGUGCUUUUUGCUGUUCUCUGUUCUGUCCCUCCGACCAAAUUCUUGUGCACAAAAUUCUGGUCAAACCCAGUUGCCUAUUCUUCCAGUUUUGAUCCAGAAUUGGAUAUUACUUCUUGAUAUCAUAUCAGUUGUCAAAAAAAGGAAAGUCGUCUCUGAUAUUUUUGUUUGGCUGAUUCAAUUAAAAUUCCCAACUGUGUUUGCAAGGCCUCAGUGGAAACAGAUUGCUUUUUCUGUCUGAAAAGAUUCAAUCUUUACUCAAAAUUCUGAUCUGGGUUGUUGUUGAUUGCUUCCCCGAGACAUGAAUUUUAGAAGCCUGGAUGAGUUUUGGCCGUUCUACAUGAACCAACACUCGAAGCCAGCCACUAGGCGUUGGCAUUUUGUGGGCACACUUUGCAGCUUGAUAUGUUUGAUGUACGCUUUGCUCUUCAAUUGGUGGUUUUUGGUGUUGGUGCCCCUUUUUGGAUAUGGUUGUGCCUGGUAUAGCCAUUUCUUUGUUGAAGGAAACGUCCCUGCAACUUUUGGGCAUCCGUUUUGGUCCCUUUUUUGUGAUUUCAAGAUGUUUGGAUUAAUGCUCACUGGUAAAAUGGAUAGGGAAAUCAAGAGGCUUGGUAAGAGGCCAGUUCUGCAGGUAUAUUAGGUUAUUACUUCUCAGUUCUCACCUCAUGUAAUUCCAUCCACUUCAUGGGAUCUUUUGUGCUGUUUUUCUUUCCACUGAAAAUUAUGCCUGUAAAUUUGAUAUAAAUAUUCGUUUCCAAGGCUCCCCGUCACUAUUUCUUGGGUUGUUUGAUGGUUAAAUUCUGGGACGUAAAGUUGAUUUUAGCAUCAGAAGGGAACAAUCCCUGAUAGUAACCUAAUCAAAUGCUAGAAUUCGAAUGAGUAGAACUUUCAUCUUUGAGUGGAGCUCAGUGUGGUUAGAAUGAAGCCUCUAGUAGAUUGUUACCCUGAAUUUGGUUGUGAAAAUUGGUAAUUUUGACAGAGCUAUGUACAGUUUUGCCCAGUUUGAGGCUUCAGUUGAUUGGUGCUCGAAAUUGGUUGUGCAAGUUUUUUUCAUAGCUGUGUUAAGGACAGUGUGAUUCCAUGAUUUACCAGUGGAAUAAACCGAACCUGCAUGAGUCAUAAGCCUAGCGAAAGAUAGUUAGCAGCCAUUUCCUUCGUUUCAAAGUAAUUGGUUAUCAUUUUUGGGACGGAAGGAAAAUGAUUUGCAAUGUUCUUGGUAAGAUGCUCUAGCAAGCUGGAACCACGUCAAGGUCCUACAGCCAUGGUAAUGAAGAAUGUUGAAGCCAUUCAGUUUAUUUCUUUCAACUUCAUAUCAUUGGGGAAUCCCAUGAUUGAGAAUUAGCGGACGAAUAUUGAGCUUUUUUUUUAAAUUGUAUUUGAAGUUUUAAACUAGUCCCAUAAUUUGACAUUCGUAGAUUGCAGUAUAAGAGGCAAAAUUAU